GCGGGGGACAUGCGACGCGGUGUGCGUUCGACAUAUCCCAGUGGAAAUAUGUGGAAAUUUUUCGUGUACAAUUGAUGAUCCGCAGUAGCGGAGUUUAACACACAAUUGUGUUUAAAUAACUCAGUGUUUGUGUUGUUUAUCACUGUUAUGAUCACUAAACAUUGAGAUAAUCACUGUUGAUGAGGCCUGAUCUGGAGUGGAGAUUGAAACAAUUCUGUUUUUGUCUGUUCUGCGAAAAACGCACUUGUGCAACGCCAUUUUGUGACCACGCACGGUGGAGACGUAAACAUCAAACUUUCUAAUCGUGUUUAUUGGGCCGUUGUUAUGUCAUUAAUCCCAGUGAUAAGGAUUUAGGGGUGACAGUGGAUGUCUGGGAGAUUGUAGAGAAUUCCAAGGAGACGUGGAUUCCUUGGGGAGGCAGUCUGCUUCACUCGGAGUAGUUGUUUUCGCGCCAAUUCGAAUCAAGAUAUGCACCUGGUACAUCUGGCUCUGGGAGACAAACAGCUGGCCAGCCGACUUUAAUGCUGGAUUUUUAUCGCUUCUUUGACGAUUGUCAGGAGGUUAUUAGUCACUUAUUCAGGGAGAUACUCCCGCAACCGACUCAUCAGAGUUAAAUUCCGAGUGAUGCACCUACUCCAAACCAGUGUUGAUGUCAGUGAAAAAUAAAAGAUGUCUGGCGAUUCAGGAUGGAAUGCCGUUAUCCAUCACCCAUCAGAGUUGGAGUUACAAAAUUGGAAUUGGGACGACAACGAUCAUGACCAAGAUCGCGAACUACCGUCUACCGUUGACAUGGACGCGAUAAAGGGGGGUGGCAGUUGGGACCCCUCCAACGGCCACAAUGAGACAGACUCAGUGGAUUCAGAAGAGGAUUCCGACUCAGAUGACGAUAGUUCAGGUGGCUCAGAUGGCAGUUACUCUUAUUCCGACUCUGAAUCAGAUGACGACACAAGUGGCGAUGACUCGGGCUCGAACAGCGAUUGCUCGUCAGACCACAGCGAGCAGACAUUUCUCAUAAGAGAAACGAAUUUCGAGCCUGGCUCGCUGAAGCUAAAGAUCAGCAUGAAGGCGCAGAAGAAGGAGGAGGCGGAGAAGAAGAGCCAGGAGAAGUCGAAGAGGCUGCCAAUGAGAAAAACCAAAUGCAAUGCGAAGACGUCUGAGGGCCAGACUGAGGACUCUGACUCGUCGGCUGGUCCAACGAGUGUAAAUCCAUCGUCCUCGGGGCAGACCCAAUCAGCCCCCCAGCCACUGCAGGAGCUCAACCAGGAGCACUUGUCAGCGAUUCUCCCGGAGCAGGAGGACACACCCUUCGACGGCUUCGAGGACUCUGAGAGUGGCAGGCUCGUCUCGAAAGCCAUUGAGCGCAUGUCCUUGGGGGCUGACUCAGACUCCAGCGACAAUGUCAACGAGAAUCCUGUUCCAGUCUACAGCUCUACUUUGCUGCAGCAAUUCGUGGAGAAGACGCAACUUCUCUCCGAGCCACGAAAGCGAAGGAGUAAGCUUGUAAAGAAGAAUGAAACGGAGUAUCCAUGCAUCUCGAAUGUGUCACCAGACUCUGGGAUUCAAUCGGUGGACAACAGUCCCCUUCACUUGGCUGUGCCAACGAGUCCUGGGCCCUCGCAAUCUCCGGUUCAAACGGCGCCGAUGAAACCGGCCGUCAACGUCGACCGAGUGCUUUAUCCGCCAAAAAGAAAGCCUGGGAGGCCAUCGAAAACAGUCUCGAGCCAGCCCCGAGGUCCUGGGAGGCCAAAAAGUACUGACAAACUGGAUAAAGUGGAGGGAACGAAGAGCCCACCUGUUGAAGUUAAAAAGGAAGAGCCAAAAAAUCCCAAAACCACAUCAAAGUGUGUUAAAAACGUUAAACAAUGCGCUAAAAAUCAAAGGUUAAAGACUAAUGUUAAAAAACCCAAUCCCCAGACCGAUGAGCCAUCAUCUGAUAAUGUUAAUGAACAAACUUCCGUGGAUAAGUGCCUCAGUAAUAUAAAAAAAGUUAAUAAAGAGAGUAGUAAAGCGUGUGAACAAGUGUGUACAAAUGUCAAGCAAGUCAAGAGCAUUGAAACAACAAAGAGUAUUAAUACAUCCCCAUCUCGACCGAAAGUUAAUGCUGAAACAACGACGGAUGAAAAAACAAUGAGAAAAAGCUCCAAGGAAAAUAGAGUGGAGUCAUCGCCUCAGAGCAACAAGAAGCAGAUCUCCACGAAGAAGUCCCUUCCGCCUGCUCCAAGGAGAGUCCUAAAAGAGAACAAAAGCAGUAAAAAAGCCUCCGAGACGAACGUAGUGGGUGUCCAAACAGUAAUAUCACUUCCAAUCGAUCUAAAGCCAAAAGCAGUUGAAAAAAAUCAACUUAAAUGUGAUAAGGUGAUGCAGCCAAUCACGAAAAAUCGUCACAAGCAUCACCACAAGCAUCGCCGAAGAGUCGUACCACCGAAGACCCCUAUACGAGUCGAUCCCUCGAUCGUCGAGGAGCUUGAGAAACUGAUUCAAGACUUUGCUAGUGCCUGUAGUUUAGGAAGAAACAAUACCAGUUCGAGUAACUCAGAGUUGCCCCAGAUAUUUCGUGUGAAGAAGAUAACGAAGAAGAGAAAAGGUGAGAGUAAUUCCAGUGAAGAUCAGAAGUUGAAGAGAAGACUGAAGAAGGAGAAGCCCUCCGGUGAUUUGAAGAGCAAUCAGAAUGCCAGUGCACCAUCCAAUCCGAAUGAACAGAGACUUCCAUUGAAAAAGCGACACUAUCACCUAUCGAGCCCCCACAGCUCCCAGAGUUCCAACGCCAGUUGUACAGAGACAAAUCCGAACGAAUCAAAUUCCAUGGAGAGUCACAUAGAGGAAGCAAUAGAGGCGACAAUCGAGAGAUACAGCAGCCCUGGGAGCUCCCACCAGAAGGAGAUUGACUCGAUGGCACUGAAGAAGAGACUAAGGGAAACAGAGGCAAUAGCCCCAGCGAUUUCAGCUCCCAGUGACAGCUCUGACGAGGGUAAACCGUUGAAUAGACUGGAGCCACCGAGGAGGAAAAAGAAAAUAGUAAAGGAUCUUCGCGUUACUGUCACCAAAUUAUCGUCUGACAGCCACUCCCCAAUGGUGGAUAAACCAGAGACUCGAGCCAGCGAUAAGAAGGCGUCUGAGAAAUCAAUGAGAACUGAUAAAACGUCGGAGAAGAGCAAGACGACGGGAAAAGACCCUGAAAAGAGUGAAUCCAAGGAGGAAGCCACGAGUUCCAAAACCUCUGAUGAUAAGACACCGGCUGAUAGAAAAGAUAAGAAAGAUGUGACACCUGUUACAACGUCAGCGGAUCCAGCAGCCCCCCCUGUAGUAAAGAAAAAAAUAAAAAGAAGGAAGGCGAUUAAUCGUACUGGUUUUCCAACGCUAAAGAAGAAGAAGAAGAAGCCGGUGGUGGCUGCUGAAGCACCUGGUGAUCCACCUCCAGCACCUGAAGCCCCGACAGACCUUGAGAUAUCGAAAAUCGAUGAGAAAUCAGUUACGUCAGAGGCGGACGUCAAUCCCCUGCCGCCAAAGGGCGACGACUCGAAGGAAACGGACGACGAGAAUCCCCUCGAGCUGAAGGAUUAUAACGAGCUGUCCUGCCACAGUUUCUCCUCGGAUGUUGACACCUGCCCAGGUCACCUGCGAGUCCACAGGGACUUGGUGGAGUGCGACGGCAGCCGACCCUGCGACAAGCUCUGCCCAGUGAAAUUCGAUAAGAUCCAGGACUCCAGAAUUUAUGACGAGAACGCAACCCUCGAGGAGUCCCUGGAGCGUUACAAUCAGAGCCAGAGAAUAGCAGAGUUGAGUGAGGAGAAUGUGAAGAAAUUGGACAGAGCGAAUGCCCACAUGAGGCUUGAACUGUCCGGCUGUCUCAACAACAAUCACAAGCGUCGAAGAGGUUCCACAAGCCCCUGUAACUUGACUCUGAGAAGCAUUAAGAGACUGAGGAACGCUGGUUACGAUACAGAGAGCGACGCUGUGCCCAGCAGUGACGUCGCCAGUGACGAACCAGACCUGGGGAAACAACCGGGAUCAUCCCACACACGACGAAAACAGCCGAGAUGGAAGAAGCGUUACCUGCCAGCUGGACUGUUCUCAGACUACUACAAGGACGACGAUCCGAGGAAAUUGUCCACCACAGACGGAAAGAAAUUGACUUACGACCCAGCUGAACAUCCCCACGGCCUCCUGCCGCCUCCCUAUCACUGUGGAAAAUUCCUGCGUCAACGGAAGAUCCCCUUUCAGCUUCCCUACGACCUCUGGUGGCUGCAUACUCACUCCAGACUCCCUGGGAGGGACCUGGUGCCCUCCUGGAAUUACCGAAAAAUCAGGACCAACAUUUACUACGACGUCAAGCCAACGACUCUCUACGAAGCGCAAGGUUGUGAAUGCAAGCCCAACUCUGGCUGCGGUGAUGACUGCAUCAAUCGGAUGGUCUUCAGUGAAUGUGCACCCCAGUUAUGCCCCUGUGGGGAGAAAUGUGAGAACCAGAAGAUCCAGCGGCAUGAGUGGGUGCCUGGACUCCAGCGUUUCAUGACUGAGAGCAAGGGCUGGGGAGUCAGGACCAAGGACUCCAUUAAAUCUGGAGUUUUCAUACUGGAGUACGUGGGGGAGGUCGUCUCCGAGCGCGAGUUCAAGUCCAGGAUGGCAACGAGGUACGCCAAUGACACCCAUCACUACUGCUUGCACCUGGAUGGUGGAUUGGUGAUCGAUGGACACAGAAUGGGUGGAGAUGGGAGAUUCGUUAAUCACUCGUGCGAGCCCAACUGCGAGAUGCAGAAAUGGAGUGUUCAUGGGCUUCCCAGGAUGGCUCUGUUCGCACUGAGGGACAUUAAACCCGGUGAGGAGUUGACUUACGACUACAAUUUCGCCCUGUUCAAUCCCUCGGAGGGACAGGAGUGUAGAUGUGGGAGUAGUGGCUGUCGUGGUGUGAUCGGGGGUAAAAGUCAGCGAGUUGCCAGGAGCGCACCAGUCCCACCCCAGGUGGAGCCUCCUGAGCGAAAAUCAGUCGGACGUCCCAGGAAGAAUAUUCGGAAAUCCAAUGUCGUUCAGUCAACCUCCAAGGGCCUCUGCAAAACUCGUAAGAUAGGAGAUUCAAGUCUGAUAAGUACUCCAACGAUGAAACCGAUGUCGCAUCAGCAGCGGUGUUUCGCUCAGCAGCACCACUGCUUCCUCCUGAGGAACCUCGAGAAGGUGAGAAGGAUGAAGGUGCCACUGGUCCAGCCAUCACCAGCGACUGGUAAAGCCAAAGAUAAGGCAGCUCCUGCUGUCAAGGAGAAGCCACCAAGUGAAAAAAAUCAUUCAGAAGCUUUUUUCACACAACUCAAUGCCCUCACGAAUAAUGCAUCGAGAACUGUGAGAACUCGCAGUCUGGCUCAGGCGCAGGAUGAUCCUGAGGUCAGCAAGACAGCUAAAUUGGCCAAGGUCCUGAAGGAUCUGUAUACAGUGGUGGCAUCAGCCAACGACGAGAACGACUCCCCUCUAUGCUCUCCAUUCAUAAAUCUACCAUCGAAGAGAAAAUUGCCAGAGUAUUACGAGAAAGUUCAGGAUCCAAUCGAUCUCACGAUGAUUGAUCAGAACAUUGGGACAGGCCAUUACAAGACUGCUGAGCAGUUCGACCAGGACAUUAUAAAGCUGUUCGACAACAACGUUAAGUACUUUGGACGAACGUCGGAGUUUGGGAUCGCUGCUGCUAGACUUCGCAAGCUCUACCUGGGAAGUAAAGCUGAUUUCAUCGAUGCAAUCACUGAAGCCACUGGUGCACCACCUGCUCAGGGCUUUCUGCCACCUCAGGGCUCAACAGCCGGCGAGGAGGAUGUCAUCAGGUGCAUUUGUGGCCUCCACAGGGAUGAGGGACUCAUGAUACAGUGCGAGAGGUGCCUCGUUUGGCAGCACUGCGAUUGCGUCAAAGCUGACACCAGUGUCGAGUCAUAUCUGUGCGAGAGGUGCCAGCCCAGACAGGUCGACCUCGAGAUACCCCUCGAGGGGGAGGAGGAGGUGGGCAAGAAGCAUUUCGUCACUCUUCUCAGAGGGGACUUGCAGCUCAGGCAAGGGGACACUGUCUACGUGCUGAGGGACACCCCCGAGAAACACACGUACAAGACUAUUCAGAAAUUUGAUUAUGAACAGAUGGAUAUAUUCAGGAUCGAGAGACUUUGGAAGGACGACAAGGGGGAGAGGUUCGUGUUUGGACAUCACUAUUUGAGACCUCAUGAGACUUAUCAUGAGCCGACCAGAAAAUUCUAUGAGAAUGAAGUCGUUUGUGCACCGCUGUAUGAGGCUGUACCUUGUGAUCUGGUGGCGGAAAGGUGCUGGGUAUUGGAUCCACACACCUUUUGCAAGGGAAGACCUGUUGGCGCCACUGCUCAACAUAUUUACGUGUGCGAAUAUCGAGUCGAUCGAGCUGCUAGGCUCUUCACCAAGGUCGCCAAGUCCAGGCAUCAAGUCUGCACGAAACCAUAUGCUUUCGAGGUCUUCCCCCAGAGGAUCAAACAUUAUCGUACUUAUUUGCCGCACAGUUUGGAGGGGAUUCAGGCCAGCAAAUCUAUCAAAGAUAAGAAGAAAAACUAUCCUGAGGCUGAGCAGAAUCCGAAGGCGGAAGGGAGUGAGGGGAAAAUCAAUGGAAAGGAUCAGAUUAAAUCGGUUAAUAAGGCUCGACGUAGAUCGUGUGACGAGCACAGGAUCACACCAGCUCUUUCAUUUGCUCAGAGGGAGGAACAACGCAAGAGACUGAACGGAAUAUUAACGAAUCUACUCCAAAGAAUGCCGAACAAGAAGGAUCCUCUGGACAUGUCAUUCCUGUUGGAGCGUAAUCGCCGAAAUCGCAAGAGACCAAUGGCUACGAAUCAGUGAUCCUGAACAAAAAAAAUCAACUUCCAUCUGCAGUUGUGAAUUGCAUUCACUGAUUAUCCAGCCAAAUCGACUAAAAUCCAUUCUCUCAGACUAUCCUAGGCCGUUUAGACGUGUAUGUACAAAAGCCAUUUAACCAUCAUGUCUUUACACAUCUAUCCCGUCCAUUUCUCUUAUGUAAUAAUUAAAAUGACUUUCCAGUAAUGAAAACCUAUUCGUCAUUGCGGGAAAUCAUCAAUUUUAUACCCUAUAUCAUCGUCUCAACCAUGUCUCCAUUAUUUUUAUCUAUUUGCUUCCUAAUCAUCUUAAAUUGGGUGCACGGUCUAAAAAAUUACAUGAAAUAUGUACAGAGUUAUUUGUAAAUUAUUUCCAAUUUUUAUUAGAUAAAAAUCAAAUGUUGUUAAGAUCUUAUAGUUGAAUGUACAAAUUAUAAAAUGAGAAACAAGUUUCGAGUACUGCAGGUGAAUGAAAAAUUGAGCGUGCGCGAGUAGCGCGGAGGUAGCUUUGUUGCACAAAAAUUGAUAACUAAAAAAAAUGGAAUAUUAUAUUUUUCAUAAUCCCCCCGGUGUUAUCGGAUGUAAAGUAGAAACUAAAUUGAUAGACGAGAGAAGCUACUUAUCUAUUUAAAUUAUUAAAAAUUAUUACUCAUCAUUGAUCAUGAUGAUUAUUUUACAGCGGCCGAUUGGGCCUCUCAGAAUGUGUCUUUUUUUCUCGGAAUGCGAAAAUGUAAAUAUCUCAUCAUGAAUAUUUAUUAUUAUUAUAUUGAUUAUAUUAUAUUUUUAUUAUCAUGAUUAUCAUAAUUAUCUUUACGUUGAGUAACGCUUGUUGCGAUAUACCUACGAUCCCCUUGAAGAUCACAAAUGCACACUGCACUUGCCUGAAUGCCAGAUGAUUUUUAACAAUUAGUUAUUAAAGACUCCAUGUACCUUUUUAUGAUGAAAUGAAAAAAAGAAAAAAAAAUUCUUUGUUCGAUAAAUUCACCAUGACUAUGAAAAAAUAAUUUAUCGGUAGCAAUUAUCGAUUUGUUGUUGCACUUUAUUUUAUGAAAUUAAAAUUGAAGUUUGGCAAAAUUGAUUAUGAAUUGAGGUUGAAUAUAGCUCUUUUGAGAUGUAAUUUUUAAUUAUUUUUUUUUUGUUUAUAAUUUUUUUGUUCUCACAUUAAUGAUUCGUAUAGUUUUUACCUCACCGUGUUUUUGCCAUUUGAAUGCUCUAUCGUUCGACGAAUCGAGGGACGCGCCUGAUCCGUUGGUUUUGAGAAUAUUUUAGUUUCUCCAUCAGAUAGUCGAAAUAGAGAGAGAGAAGAUGAAUAGAAUGAAUCUCCAUUACCGCAAAUUUUCACAGUUUACUUGAUAUUUUCAGCUGUAUCGAUAAUUUCGAAAGUGAAAGAAACAGUUUAAUAUGGUCUGUUGCAACGCCAGCUUCACGCUAAUUUAAUAAUGUACAUUGUAAACAAACUACUGUAUUCUUUUUCUGGAGAACAUAAAUAGAUGUUUAAAAAUGCAAAGCAUAUAUUUCUAAUUAUCCCAUCCAAUGCUCUGUGAGUCUACGAGGAAGAAAAUCCUUCAGCAAAUGAUUUCAGGACUAUAGGCUGACAGGUCGGGUUGGAUUUGGCAAUUAUCCCAAUCAAUAAAUAACCUAUACAAGACAUCUUCUUUAUUUUACGAAUGAGUUUAUACAUUCUUAUUAACAAAUAGGGUAAUCGAGUCAUCUUCGAUUAUAAAAAGAUUGUUUUGGACUCGACGCAACUCUGCGUGAAUUUCGAAAAGAUUUUUUUACCAUUUAUUGCCAAUUACUAGUGUACUUAAAUAUCUACUUUCACUUAAAUAAUUUUGCUUAAAUUCGACUGCUGUUGCUCUCCUUAAAAUAUAUAGCUCACAUACGUCAUUCUUUAUCGAUUGUGAUUCAAACUCUUCUAUUCAUACAUUUCUACAUUAAAUUUUUUUGACAAUUAUCGGUAAUCUCAAAUUUAGUUCUCUCACGCUGUACAGCAUUCACCAGAAAGUCAUGAAUAGUAGCAAACAAUAUUUGCAGUAUUAGAAACGUAUAACUAAAAAUAAUGAUUAAAUAAAUCAUUUAUGCCAAAAUAUCCGUAUCUGUCUGUACUAUUGGGCAUCCACUGGAUUAUAUAAUUUUCUCUGAGGACGAAUGGUGUCAAUACUCCACUUUUAAUGCACAAUUUCAUUUGAGAACACAAACUCACUGAAUCGAUAAACAAUAAGGGCAAUGAAUGAACUGUUCUCCUUCUCGAUCGUGCGCUGAAGUUGUAUGAAAUUUCAGUUGUAAAAAAACAUUGAAGAAGGUGAUAAAUCAUGGAUCAAGAAAUGUAUAUGUAAACAUUUUUUUACGUAAACAGGAAUGUAAAUUGAUUGUUUAAUGAUAAGAAUUCUAUUCAUCAAGAAAAUCAGCCACGAAUUUAUCCAUUAUAUUUUUGUAUUUUUAUAGGCGGAUCUGUACAUAUUUACAUAACUUGCCAUGAAUGUGUUUACUGAUUAUAAUCGCUGUCACUGUGGUGCCCCCUGAUCAAUCGUAAUUAAUUACCAUUGCGUAUUUUUAGUCAAUGACAAUUGGAUAGUGCAGAUUAGUUCUUAUCUACGCAUUGAUAAAGACAAGUCGAGGAUCGAUGUAUUCAAAAUGCGUGAAACAUAUGAGAUAAAAUACAGCUGAUGUCAAACUCAUCGUCUCCAGCAAUUACUAUCACUUGUAUAUUAAAAUAUACUAGUUUUAAUUAAUGGUAAUGUCGGUAUGGUGUAAAAUAAAGGUGAAAUUACUCAAUGUCGGUGAGAUGAACAACAGCUAAAUAUCAUAAUCCAGUGGGUGUGAACUAAAUUCUAAUGAUGCAGUUACCGGUUCGUCGUCACUCCUCAUUCAUUUUUCAAUGAAGGAAAAAAAAACAAGUACAAA